UUUGUAAUCAAUGCAUUUAUUAGCGCAACCACAGCUCAUAAAUACAGCGGUGUGUAGUUGUGCCUCCGAACGUUUGCGCUGCAAGGCUAAUUUUCCGAUGGUUCUCGCUCCCGCCCCCACUAUUCCGCCUCGAAAGUUGUGCGAUCGGGGUAGUUGAUGUAUUCCGGCGAGAUCCGCCGACUCAAAAUUGCUCAGUUGCGACGCAUGACGUAGCACGAUCAUCGAAUUAUCAUGACUAGGUUCUUCUGUAACCAUGACGCUUAGUGCUCCGAUACGGCAUGAAUUAUUAAUCGGCUUAUAUAUCUACAACCUGAAUUUGCGCAUAUAAAGCACACUAUUUCACGUUCCCCCACCAUCUCCCCACACACAUCAACCCGCACUUUCCUACGAUCACAUUCAGACACAAAGACAAUAUGGCGCCCAGAAGAUAUGAGACUGAGCACAAAGAUGCUUCGCCACUCGGAAAGCCUCUCAAUUUCGAGUUUUCUGGUAAAAAGGCACAAAACCGAUUCUUGAAAGGAGCGAUGACGGAAAGGCUGUCGUCCUGGGACCCACAAAACUUGGAAGCACGCGGGGUCCCAUCAAAGAACCUCGUCAACGUCUACCGCAGAUGGGGAGAGGGUGAAUACGGUGUAAUCUUGACUGGCAAUAUCAUGGUCGAGUAUGAUCACCUCGAAGCGGCCGGCAAUCCCAUCAUCCCCCGCGGGGCUCCUUACGAAGGCGAGAGGUUCCAAGGGUUCAAGGACAUCGCGACACAGUCCAAGAAGCACGGUUCCCUGAUCGUUGGACAGGUCAGCCAUCCUGGAAGACAGGUGACGGAUCAAAUCCAAAAGUACCCAAUCUCGGCCUCAGACGUUCAAUUGGAGGGCAACGUUAUGGGUAUGCAAUUCGCAAAGCCACGCGCCGCCACCGAGGAAGACAUCAAGAACGUCAUUGAAGGAUUCGCUCACGCAGCAGAGUACUUGGAGAAGGCUGGAUAUGAUGGCAUCCAGCUGCACGGUGCCCACGGAUACUUGCUCGCCCAAUUCUUGUCGCCCACAACCAACAGACGUACAGACAAGUACGGUGGAUCGUUGGAGAACCGCGCACGACUGAUCAUCGAAAUCGCCCACGAGGUCCGAAGGCGCACUGCAAAGAACUUCGUUCUGGGUAUCAAGCUCAACUCUGUUGAGUUCCAAGAGAAGGGAUUCGACACCGAAGAGGCCGCGACACUGUGCAAGUUGUUGGAAGACAACAGCUUCGAUUUUGUUGAGCUUUCCGGUGGUACUUAUGAGAAGUUGGCUUUCGGACACCAGCGCGAGUCGACGAAGAAACGUGAAGCGUUCUUCCUCGAAUUCGCCGAGAAGAUCACUCCUUCCUUGUCGAAGACUCGGACAUAUGUUACUGGAGGCUUCAAGAGCGCAUCCGCGAUGGUGGAGGCACUGGGUACGGUAGAUGGAGUCGGUCUUGCCCGUCCAAUCUGCUUGGAGCCAGAACUACCGAAGCAGAUGAUCAACGGAGAAGUGCACGCGGCGAUUAAUCAGUUGACUGACGAUGAUGACUUUGGCAUCACCAAUGUUGCUGCUGGAACGCAGAUUAGGCAACUUGGCAAAGACCAAAGACCCAUUGAUCUGAGUGACGAGAAGAACUUUGAGGGAUUCAAGAAGGAUAUGGAGGCCUGGGGCAAAGGGUUGGCGGACGACAAGGAGGGCAAGAAAUACGGUUACAUUGAUAUUGAAAGCGUCCCAGCUAUUCCAUAUGGUACAGCUGGUCCGACAUCGUAG